AUGAGCGCCGUAUCUACCGAGAAGUCACAUCCUAAGCAAGCAGCUGAGACAACAAGACCGACUUCUCUCAAUCGUACCUGUGAAGGCUGUCGUCAGAGGAAGAUCAGAUGCAUCAUUGAAAGCUCUCAAUCAAUCAGUCCCCCGAAAUGCGCCCGAUGUUCCAAGUUCAACCUGGAUUGUAUCUUUCUGCCCCCGGCUAUUCGGAGGAGGCGCAAUAAGAACGAGACUAGGAUCAAGGAACUGGAGCAAAAGCUGCAGCAACUCCAAGAUGCCAUUGCCCAUUCUCCAGCUGAAGCCGUUGCUGGCAACGCGCAUUCAGAAGGAUCCCAUCCUGACAGUGUCUUUGAGUCGUUCCAUCCGGACUUUCAGCAGCCGUCCACUUCAUUCGCCUAUUCACUGCCGCCAGAAACAUUUCUUCCAACUGCACUCUCUUACUCUACCCCAGAAGACUCGAUAUCAACUGGUUUGACUCUGGCGCCUAUUUAUCCCCUCGUGCAAGUUCCAUCGGACUGGACAUGGCAGCAGACCAGAUACGCCAAACCUGCCCUCUUCAGGGCCAUUCUCACAGCUGCUUCGAGUGACCGUGAUCCGGCAUUCUUCAUGAUCAUGUUCCGCAACACGGGCAUGUAUGUGACGGAAGAGGUUUCCAUAAAGGGCAACAAGUCGCUUGACCUGAUUCAAGCACUUCUCGUGCUAUCCGCGUGGUACUGUCCCAUGGAGGACUUUCGAAAGCUGAAGUUUAGCCAUUACGCAAACUUGGCUGGGAGCAUGGCCUUGGACUUGAGGUCCUCAAACGACGAGCAGUAUUGGAUUCCACCAGUCAAGGACUCGUUUGCCAGCUCAGAGCAGUUGGUAGAAACAUGCAGAACGUUCUUGGCAAGUUACUUUCUUUGCUCUAGUAUGGCAUUUUCUUAUCGACGGCCGAGUAUCCUCCGCUAUGGACCUUGGGUUGAUGAUUGUAUACGAGUACUUGAAGCCGCACCAACUGCAUGCCUAAACGACCGCCGACUGAUAGAGUGGACAAAGCUGCAGAUCAUUGCGGAAGAAUGCAUGUCGGCGGCUGGGCUCGACAAUGAGUCCAACGUCUGUUUAGCGGACGACAGAGUUGGUCGCGUAUUGAAGCAUGGCAUUGAAAGGGCGAUAUCGUGGAAGCACCAGGUUUCCCCUGAGAUCAUACAUAAACCGAUGGUGAUGCACUACCAUAUGGUGUUGAUAAGCCUUAAUGAGCCGGCCUUUUACGAUGCACAUGAUAUGCAGGAUUUCCGACCGCCAUAUCGACUGCGUCCUCUGCCUCUGGCCAAAAGCUCCGAUGAUCCUGGCUCAAUUGCCAUCGCCAACUCGCUUGCUCAGUGCGUCAGCUCCGCACAAACGGUCAUCAACACGUUUCUGGGCAUCCCAACGGAAACCCUCAGAGUCAUGCCCGUCAUCGUAUACACCCGCAUCACAUACGCAGCAGUCACGCUGAUCAAGUUUGAUGUCUCCGCCCGAAUGCUGCAGAGCGUUGCGUGUAUGUUGGAUGACAUCCACCUAAGCCCAAAGGUGCUUUUGUUACAGCUUCUUGACAAACUAAUCGAAGUGGCGGGGAGCGAGAACGUUGUUGUGCCGGUUGUCUUUCGAGGGGCUUUGGCACGGAUGAUGAGGUGGUAUGUUGAUCAACUUGAGAGCUUUCAGGAGCCGGAUCAAGAUGAGGUCCUCGAACCGAUGAUGUACGUUGGCGUUGAUGCAGAAAGCAGUAGCGGGUUGGAUGUCGGUUAUGGUGGUGCUGAAUCGCAAGGAUCUGUUGCGGAUCCAAAUGCCAGCUUCUUGGAUCCUUUGAGAACCCAUCAUAAAACAAUCGCCUCAGUUGUGAAAGCUUGUGAUACAAAUUCUAGAGUCAUUUCGUCCAAGUCCCCUGCUGCUACUCAAAAUACAGACAAACCUGAUCUUUCUAUCUCUGCGUCAGGCAUGAAAAGUUCCGCCUACCCCCAGCCAUUUGGCAGACCUAGAAGCGCGGUCUUUAACAAGUGCCGCGGUCCGACCAAGCGCGAGCAGAUGAUGAAUGCCCUCCGCACCAAACUGACCAGGGGCAGCACAAAGGUUCCUGUCAGGAUCAAAUUCCGAGUACCGCUCUCAGAUCUAAAUUCUGACGAUUAG